GAAGAAGGCGGCUGGCUCCCUUUGCGCCGGGAAGCCAGUGCCGCGAUUGGGCGACGGUCCCUGAGCCUCCAGUUCCGCGUCGGUUUCAAGGCUCCUCCCUCCUGGUGAAAGACAGACUGCGGGGCGCCUGGAAACCGGUCCGAGGGCGCGCGAGGGAGAGGAGAGCUAGCGAGUUGAGGGAUUGACACAAAUGGUCAGGCGGCGGCGGCGGAGAAGGAGGUGGAGGCGCAGGGGGGAGCCGAGGCCGCUGGGCUGCGGACAGUUGCGCGCUCUUCGGGGCCGCGGCCACUAGCGCGGCGUCGCCAGCCGGGAGCCACCGAGCCGAGGGCCAAGAAGGCGGGACGCGACCCCGGAGCGCCCGAGCCACCGGGGCUCUCCCCGCCGCCCGCGCUUCAUGAAUCGCAAGUUUCCGCGGCGGCGGCGGCUGCGGGACGCGGAGCGGGAGCCGGAGCAGCGGGCCGAGCGCGGCUCGGGCUCGACGGAGGGCACCGGCGCAGAGGAGAUUUCCCCGGCCGCAGGAGGAGCCGCCGCCGGCCGCGCCACCGCCAGCCCCAGCCCAGCGGCGCCAAGAAAAGAGCCGAGAAAGUAUGGCUGAGGAGGAGGCGCUUAAGAAGUCCCGGGCCGCCGGCGGCGGCGCGAGCUGGGAACUUUGUGCCGGGGCGCUCCGGGCCGGGCCGGUGGCGGAGGGGAUCCGGGACGCGGGCAGCCGCCGCCGCCCCCCGGCUGACUCUUGGCGCUUGGCGCGCCGGCUGCUGCUGCUGCUUUGGCUUCUGGAGGCUCCGCUGCUGCUGGGGGUCCGGGCGCAGGCGGCGGGCCAGGGGCCCGGGCCGGGGCAGCAGCCCCCACCGCCGCCGCCUCAGCAGCAGCAGAGCGGGCAGCAGUACAACGGCGAGCGGGGCAUCUCCAUCCCGGACCACGGCUACUGCCAGCCCAUCUCCAUCCCGCUGUGCACGGACAUCGCGUACAACCAGACCAUCAUGCCCAACCUGCUGGGCCACACGAACCAGGAGGAUGCGGGCCUUGAGGUGCACCAGUUCUACCCGCUGGUGAAGGUGCAGUGCUCGGCCGAGCUCAAGUUCUUCCUGUGCUCCAUGUACGCGCCCGUGUGCACCGUGCUGGAGCAGGCUCUGCCGCCCUGCCGCUCCCUAUGCGAGCGCGCGCGCCAGGGCUGCGAGGCGCUCAUGAACAAGUUCGGCUUCCAGUGGCCUGACACGCUCAAGUGCGAGAAGUUCCCGGUGCACGGCGCCGGCGAGCUGUGUGUGGGCCAGAACACGUCGGACAAGGGCACCCCGACGCCCUCGCUGCUGCCGGAGUUCUGGACCAGCAACCCCCAGCACGGCGGCGGGGGGCACCGCGGCGGCGGCUUCCCGGGAGGCGCCGGCGCGUCGGAGCGAGGCAAGUUCUCGUGCCCGCGCGCCCUCAAGGUGCCCUCCUACCUCAACUACCACUUUCUGGGGGAGAAGGACUGCGGCGCUCCCUGUGAGCCGACCAAGGUGUACGGGCUCAUGUACUUUGGACCCGAGGAGCUACGCUUCUCGCGCACCUGGAUCGGCAUCUGGUCAGUGCUGUGCUGCGCCUCCACGCUCUUCACGGUGCUCACGUACUUGGUGGAUAUGCGGCGCUUCAGCUACCCGGAGCGGCCCAUCAUCUUCUUGUCAGGCUGCUACACGGCAGUGGCCGUGGCCUACAUCGCCGGCUUCCUGCUGGAGGACCGCGUGGUGUGUAACGACAAGUUCGCCGAGGAUGGGGCGCGCACAGUGGCACAGGGCACCAAGAAGGAGGGCUGCACCAUCCUCUUCAUGAUGCUCUACUUCUUCAGCAUGGCCAGCUCCAUCUGGUGGGUGAUCCUGUCGCUCACCUGGUUCCUGGCAGCCGGCAUGAAGUGGGGCCACGAAGCCAUCGAGGCUAACUCGCAGUAUUUUCACCUGGCCGCCUGGGCCGUGCCGGCCAUCAAGACCAUCACCAUCCUGGCGCUGGGCCAGGUGGACGGAGACGUGCUGAGUGGGGUGUGCUUCGUGGGGCUCAACAACGUGGACGCGCUGCGUGGCUUCGUGCUGGCGCCGCUCUUCGUGUACCUGUUCAUCGGCACGUCUUUCCUGCUGGCCGGCUUCGUGUCGCUCUUCCGCAUUCGCACCAUCAUGAAGCACGAUGGCACCAAGACCGAGAAGCUGGAGAAGCUCAUGGUGCGCAUCGGCGUCUUCAGCGUGCUUUACACGGUGCCAGCCACUAUCGUCAUCGCCUGCUACUUCUACGAGCAGGCCUUCCGGGACCAGUGGGAGCGCAGCUGGGUGGCCCAGAGCUGCAAGAGCUACGCCAUCCCCUGCCCGCAUCUCCAGGCAGGCGGAGGCGCCCCGCCGCACCCGCCCAUGAGCCCUGACUUCACAGUCUUCAUGAUCAAGUACCUUAUGACGCUGAUCGUGGGCAUCACGUCAGGCUUCUGGAUCUGGUCCGGCAAGACCCUCAACUCCUGGAGGAAGUUCUACACCAGGCUCACCAACAGCAAACAGGGGGAGACCACCGUCUGAGACCUGGGGGCUCAGCCCAUUCCCAGCCCUCGGGCCUGUCCCAGCCAGCCCCAAAAGCUGGUCCCUUGGAAUGCUUGCCAAGCCUGGUUACUCGAGGCUUCCUCGCCAGACACGUUCGCAGGCUCGUUUUAACAACACAGCUCCUGCAAAAGCUUCCGUCCCUGGGGGCAGACGGACUCGAGGGCUCAACUGCUAGAGGGGGACUGGACAGACCUCUCUGCGCUCACACUCUGGUACCAGGACUGUACGCUUUUGUGAUUGUAAAUAGCCUGUGUAAGAUUUUUGUAAGUAUAUUUGUAUUUAAAUGACGGCCGAUCACGCGUUUUUCUCUUACUUUCCUCUUUGUUUCUUUUUUGUUUAAAAUUUAAUUAUUUAGGGCGGUUUAACCAUUUGAGGCUCUUUCUUCUUGCCCUUCUCGGAGUACUGCAGAGAUAAAACCGGAGCGGCGCACCGCCGGGCGCUCCUGCUCGUCCUCGCGCGCCCCUCCCUGCCGCGGGUGGAGUGCAUCUGGGGCUGUACGGCCCGGCUCACUUCCCGCCUCCUCUUUCUGCUCCCUCCCUUCCCUUCCUUGCUUGGGGUCCCGGCUCUUUAGGUACUGAACUCCCCAAAGCUUCCAAAUCCGAAGGUGGGCCCCCACCCAUCCCAAGUCUGCCCUUGUCGGGGCCAGAUGGCGAAGGCUGGUUCCUUUGAUUUCCCGAAGCUGAAUUUUUUCACUAUCCAGAACCUUCCCCCUAGCUUCAAGGAGGCCCACAGAUGUGGGCGCUGGCAGUCCCAGCCUGCCUCCGCACUGGCUUCCAACGCCCAGACACUCCCUCCUUCCGUCUAAGUUGGUUAGAGGGUGAGCGGGAUAACUAAUGCCAAACUUUUUUAAGUCUAAUUUUUGGUGGAUGAGCUCAUUUCAUUCUCUAGUGUCUAAAACCUGGUAUGGGUUUGGCCGGCGUCAUGGAAAGAUGUGGUUACUGAGAUUUGGGAAGCGCCAUGAAGCUUUGUGUGGGUUGGGAGAGACUGAAGAUGGGGGUUAUAAAAUGUUAGUUCUAAUUGCAUACUGAUGCCUGGCAACCUGCCUCUGGACUGAGACAGCCGCGUUUAGAUUUUACCGUUCUGUAAAAUGGAAACGUUGAGAUCACCUGGAAAGCUUUGUUAGGGAGUUGAUCUUUGCUUUCCUUAACAGGACAACAGAACGUAAACUGAGUAUGAAAACUUGAAGGAGAUUUCAGUGUAAUGGACUUCCUCAAAAUGAAGUGCUACUUUCUUAUUUUUAAUCAAAUAAUAAUUAGACAUUUAUCAGAAACUUUAAAAUGUAAAAGUUGUACACUUUCAAUAUAUUAUUAUGAUUGUUAUUCAGCAACACGUUCUGAGGGAGAAACAAUCCACAUCACUAGUAAUAACCUGGUAAGAUUCCAGGAGAUAAAGGAGCUAAAAUAAUUGAUGGGAUUAGCUCCUGAAAUAAACAAAAUAUGGGCAUGCAUGCUAAAGGGAAAAAUGUGUGCAGGUCUAUUGCAUUAAAUCCUGUGUGCUCCUUUUUGGAUUUACAGAAAUGUAUCAAAUGUAAAUCUUUCAAAGCCAUUUAAAAAUAUUCACUUUAGUUCUCUGUGAAAAAGAUGAGAAAAGCAAUCUUCCUGAUUGUAUUGUUUUAAACUUUAAGAGUUUAUCAAAAUGCCGGUACUUAGGACUUAAAUUUAUCCAUGUCUGUCAUACCCUUAAAUGACAAUGGUCUUUGAAUUUGGUAUGCAUUUAUUCUGUUCACUAUCACAAAGUCAUCUAUAUUUAUAGAGGAAUAGAAGUUUAUAUAUAUAUAAUACCAUAUUUUUAAUUUCGCAAAUAAAAAAAUCAAAGUUUUGUACAAAAUUA